AUGACCAGCGCAUGGCAUACGGUAGUUUAUAAUGGGACCUCCUACGUGCCGCUGUUAGGGUUUAAUGGAGGAGGUUCCUUCCUUAUGGCCUCUGAAAAUACUCUUGGUCGCUGUCGAAUGUUCCACAAAACUAAAGAACUGCAGUACCUCAUUGAGCCCCCUGUAUAUGCUGAAGUCACGGGUCGAAGAGGGGACAAUGUCACUUUACCAUGUUUACUGAAAAAUAAGCCUAAACAUUACAAAGUGAAAUGGACUAAACUGGACCCGGAGGCGAUGGGGGUACAGAAUGUGGUCAUGAUGCUCAGUGCUCAGGGAUACAAACCCUACGGACGUCUGGGACCACGCGCCACUCCCAGGAAUGCCCACGCCAUGGACGUGUCUAUACAACUCCACCUCCUAGCGCUGGAGGACGGAGGCAGGUACCGCUGUGAGCUCAUCGACGGCAUAGAGGAUGAGAAUGUGGUCAUCACUUUGAGUAUAGAAGGAUUAGUGUUUCCAUAUCAGAGUAAACACGGCCGAUACAGAUUCACUUACCAUGAGGCAAAGGAAGCGUGUGCGGAGAAUGACGCGACUUUAGCUACGUUCGACCAGCUCUACAGAGCCUGGACAAAGGGCUUGGACUGGUGUAAUGCUGGUUGGCUCCACGACGGCACAGCACAGUACCCGAUCAUCCAGCCCAGAGCGGUCUGUGGAGGGGGGCUGCAGCCGGGCAUACGCAGCUAUGGUCCCAAGGACAAGAAGAGAGAUCAUUUUGAUGCUUUCUGCUUCACCUCGUUGGCGCCUGGAUCUGUCUUCUAUGUGCGUGGUGCCUUCUCCUAUGAGCAGGCACAGUUGGCUUGUACAAAGGUAGGAGCAGAGCUAGCUGCAGUUGGACAGUUAUACUCUGCCUGGCAUUUCCACCAGUACGACCGGUGCGAUGGAGGCUGGCUGAGAGACGGCAGUGUGCGCUUCCCCAUCAGUAACCCCAGGAGGCGCUGUGGAGGGGUAUCAGAGGCGGGGGUCCGUUCAUUUGGAUUUCCAGAUAAAAAGGCUCACCUCUAUGGAGCUUACUGUUAUAGGUAA